UGGUAGAUUGAAAGCCUUCUUUUCCUUCUUCUUCUCAUCUUGGCCAACUUCCCCAACUUUGCCUGCCAUGCUUCCAUAGAUUUUUUCCUUCAUUAAUCCAUACUCAUAUAUCCCUGUUUUUCCUCUCCAAGGAAUAUUGGAUCAGUCAUGGUAAGCUUAAGACGGCGCAGACUUUUGGGACUUUGUUCUGGGAAACAUUCAUUCAGCAUUGGGAUUCCUAAAUUCUUUGAAAAUAACACAUUUGUCGAAAGUCGUAAUCAGAAUAUCAGGCCAUCCAGUGUGCAUCCGUUACCGGCAGUAAUCAUCGACCAUCAAAAGCUGAUUUCUGAAGAAUGUGUAGAAUCUACAACAGUGAUAAAGGAGGAAGUCGAUCAUUAUUUUCAAGAUAAAAAAAUCAAACACAGAAAGAAUUACAGGAGAAAGCAAUAUAAAGAUCAGGAACCACCAAUAAUGCGCGGCGUUUAUUUCAAAAACACAAAAUGGCAAGCAGCAAUAAAAGUCGACAAGAAACAAAUCCACUUGGGUACUGUUGGAUCACAAGAAGAGGCAGCAAAAUUAUACGACAGAGCAGCAUAUAUAUGCGGUAGAAGGCCGAACUUUGAAUUGUCAGAAGAGGAAAAACAAGAACUGAGCAGAUACAAGUGGGAAGAAUUCUUAGAGAUUACGCGUAAUUCGAUUUCGAGCAAAAAGCACCAGAGAAGACAAGGUGGAGGUAGAAAGAAGAUGAAUGAGAACAAUUUGCAAUGCAACAACUUAGAGAGCAUGUAGAUUCAGAUGCCUCUUCGGCAUUUAAUCGAUGAAAACUUUUAAUACUUUUUUUUGCUGCAAUUUUAGGUAUAGAAGAUGUUGUUGCUGAUCAAAAUCCACAAUUUGGAGCCAAUUUUAUGUAUGCAGCAAUGAUUAGAAAAUUAGUCUUGUUGUUAUUAUUAUUAUUAUUAUUAUUAUUUUGGUUCAUUGUAUUGCUUAAUGUGUAAAUAUGUUUAUCUAUGUUCUCCCCAACAGAAUUUUUCAAGGAUGGUUGCU